GUGAGUUAGUCCAACUUUUUCUACUAACGUUCCGAUAAGCAGCGUCAUCGGUGGCUUUCCUUCAGAACCCCACUCUAUUUCAAACUGCAAAUCGGCGCCCAACUUUAUCCCCAAUUUGAUGCAAGAGUUUGAUUUGACGCGCCUGAUGCACACUGCACAGCCAGCCUGGCUGGCAAAAGAUGAAACCCAGCCAAUGUGUGUGUGUGUACCAGGCCGGCCUAACAAAAAAGAUAAAGAAACUUCCUCUCCUUUUUUGCCUUUUGGGCUAGGGGCGCGAGGCAUGGCAGCACACUAAUUUCCAAUUAAUCCAUUCAAUCCAAUCAAAAGUUCGCUUAGAUUAAAGAGGUCACACUCACGCGCACACACAAAAAGGUGGACAGACACACAACUACAGCAUUAUUCGUCUUCAUCCUCUUGCUUCAUUACCAUCUCCUUCUUCAUCUUUUCCUCAGUUACAAGUUCUUACACUUUUACUAUAAUCAAUCAUGGCUAUUCCUUUCUUGAAGAACCCCGGCUUGUACGAUCAUUAUGCCAACCUUGAUCAAAAGGGCAAGAUCAUGGCCGAAUACAUCUGGGUCGAUGGUGAUGGAGAAAUCCGUGCAAAGACCACAACCCUUGACGGCAAGGUCAAAGACGUCAAAGAAUUGAAAGAAUGGAACUUCGACGGAAGUUCAACAAACCAAGCUGAAGGUGGUAACUCUGACGUUUACUUGCGUCCUGCCGCUUUCUACCCUGACCCUUUCCGUGGUGGUGACAACAUCAUCGUCAUUGCAGAAUGCUGGAACAACGACGGUACACCAAACAAGACUAACCACCGUCACUCUUGCGCAAAAUCCAUGCAACAAGCUGCUUCUCACAAGCCUUGGUUCGGAAUUGAACAAGAAUACACCUUGUUCGAUAUCGACAACAAGCCAUACGGAUGGCCAAAGGGCGGUUUCCCAGGACCUCAAGGACCUUACUACUGUGGUGUUGGUGCCGGUAAGGUUUACGCCCGUGAUAUCAUCGAAGCCCACUACAAGGCUUGCUUGUACUCUGGCGUAAACAUCUCUGGUAUUAACGCUGAAGUCAUGCCUUCCCAAUGGGAAUUCCAAGUCGGUCCAUGUGAAGGUAUCAAGAUGGGUGACGAUAUGUUGAUGGCCCGUUUCUUGUUGCUCCGCGUUGCUGAAGACUGGGGUGUCAAGGUUAGCUUCCACCCUAAGGCUGUUCCAGGUGACUGGAACGGUGCAGGUUGCCACACCAACUACAGUACCGAAGAAAUGCGCAAAGAAGGCGGUAUGAAGGCAAUCGAAGCUGCCAUUGAAAAGUUGAGCAAACGUCAUGCAGAACACAUUGCCGUUUACGGUACCGAUAACGAUAUGCGUUUGACCGGUAAGCACGAAACUGGUCACAUUGGUCAAUUCUCAAGUGGUGUUGCCAACCGUGGUGCUUCUAUCCGUAUCCCUCGUCACGUUGCCGCCCAAGGAUAUGGUUACCUUGAAGAUCGUCGCCCUGCAUCAAAUAUUGAUGCAUACCAAGUUACUGACAUCAUGGUUCAAACUACCUUGUUGCUGUAAAUGUGCACCAAACAUCCCCAAAAAACAGACUACAAAUAGGAUCACAAUUAUUCCUGUUUGAAGUGAGGUGAAGUCUAGGGAAUCUAGAUUUGGUCUCACUCAUUUCUAAAAACUUAUUAUUAAUCUUGUAUGUUGAUACUCAAUCCGAUUAUUCGAGAG